CCUGACAAAGUGUGCUUGCAUGGUCAGCCAUUGGAUUUCCUGAUUCUAAGAGGGAGUGGAGGGUGUUCAUGCAAAUGCAAACAGGGUCACCUUUCCUUGACGCCGCUUUGGAUACUUUUGUCUUCUGAAUGUCUCGUUUGGUUCGAAAGGCGUUAUUUGUUUUGAAUUAGACUCCGAGACCAGCUAAGACGGUGUCUCGGCUUGUUGACAAAUAGGCGGUAGCAGAUGACAGUGACAGGCGGGGUGUUGUCGAUAAGAGAUAAACUUCUCCAAGCGUGUGUGAAAGGCAGAUAAACACGCACUGUAACGGUCACGACUUGACCAUGUAGAGGCAACCAGCUCCCGGAAUCACUCGGCCAUGGAGACGUGACUGCCGGAGGGGUGACACAUUUGUUAGAUUGGAGUUUAAACCUGGACUGCAAUGAGUUUUCUAAUCCACAUGUCAAGAUGCACACACGGAGUGUCCUCACCCAAAGCCCCACACCCCCGGUUGUUGUCGCUGACGGUCUCCCCUGGUCCGCAGAGGAAGCGAACAACAGCCGGGCCGAGAACUUCGCCUUCCCCGCCAGCGGGCCUCCUUCUCCCGCCUGUCAUGUCGGCUCUCUCCCGUAGAGAUGUCUGGACACUCCGCACAUACACUUCCAAGACGCGGACACACUCUCACACACACACUGCCUUUGCUAGCUCCUCGGCAGCCUCCACACCCAGAUCAUUGAAGGGACAGACUGAGACGGAGAGUGGACAAACACCGACCAGUGUCCCCCUGGAGGACGUGAAAAGGGUUUUACGACUUGCUCACUCGGAGAGAUGGAAACUAGCAGCUGCCGCAGGCUUUCUCACCAUAUCCAGUGCUGUCACCAUGUCAGCCCCGUUUCUCCUGGGAAGAGUGAUAGACACCAUCUACACAGCUGGAACAGACACAGAGGCGAUGGCAUCCUCCCUGACGUCGCUUUGCACAAUGUUGACAGGCGUGUUCCUUUGCGGUGGGGCCGCCAACGCCGCCAGAGUUUACCUCAUGCAGACCUCAGGCCAGCAGAUUGUCCGCGAUCUCCGUGCCUCUGUCUUCUCCUCCAUUCUCAGACAGGAAGUGGCGUUUUUUGACAAAAACCAGACCGGCGAGCUGAUUAAUCGCCUUUCUGCAGAUACAGCUGUGGUGGGCCGCUCCAUCACAGACAAUAUGUCUGACGGCCUGAGAGCAAUUGCCCAAGGAGCUGCUGGCGUCAGUAUGAUGUUCUACGUCUCGCCCAGCCUGGCAAGCUUCAUGCUGCUGAUUGUGCCUCCUUUGGCCGGCUUUGCUGUGGUUUACGGCAGAUAUCUUCGCUCCAUCUCUAAGCGCACGCAAGACACUCUGGCUCAAGCCACCCAGUUAGCAGAGGAGCGUAUCAGCAACAUGCGAACAGUCAGAGCUUUUGGUAAAGAAUUGUCUGAGGUCAACACCUACACACAGAAAACGGACCAAGUCCUCAGUUUGGCCAGGAAGGAAGCUGUGCUACGUGCUGCCUUCUUUGGAGUGACUGGUCUCAGCGGUAACAUCAUGAUCCUGUCUGUGCUUUACAAAGGAGGACUUCUGAUGGCCAGCCAGCACAUGACUGUGGGAGAACUCUCCUCUUUCCUCAUGUACACAUUCUGGGUGGGCAUCAGCAUCGCAGGGUUAAGUACGUUCUACACAGAGCUGAUGAAGGGUUUCGGCGCAGGAACGAGACUGUGGGAACUGCUUGACAGAAAGCCUGAGUUCCCUCUUAAUGAGGGCCAAGUUCUGCCUACAGACCAGCUAAAAGGCCGUUUGGAGUUCCGGGAUGUCUCCUUUGCCUACCCAGCCCGUAAAGAGGCUCCUAUCUUCAAGAAUCUUAACCUGCUUGUGCCAGCUGGAACUAUUAUGGCUGUAGUGGGACCCAGUGGGUCUGGAAAAUCAACUCUGGUGUCAUUGCUGCUCAGGCUUUACGACUCUGACUCAGGCAUCAUCACUGUGGACGGCCAUGACAUCAGGGACUUGAAUCCAUACUGGCUCAGAAGUCACAUUGGCACCGUCAGCCAGGAGCCGGUCCUGUUUUCUUGCUCAAUUAGAGACAACAUUGCAUACGGCGCGACAGACCCAGACGCCGUGACAACAGAGGAGAUCUACAGGGCAGCCCAAGUGUCCAAUGCAUACAGCUUUAUCCAGGCUUUUCCUAAAGGCUUUGACACUGUGGUGGGGGAGAAAGGAGUGUUGUUGUCAGGUGGUCAGAAGCAGAGGAUAGCCAUCGCAAGAGCUCUUCUUAAGAAUCCCAAGAUCCUGCUUUUAGACGAGGCCACCAGUGCACUGGAUUCAGAGAACGAGUUCCUGGUCCAGGAGGCUUUGGAGAGACUCAUGGAAGGGAGGACCGUCCUCAUCAUUGCUCACCGUCUCUCAACCAUCCAGAACGCCAAUGCAGUUGCAGUACUGGACCAGCACCGUGUAGUUGAAUGUGGGCAGCAUGCACAGCUUCUUGAAAAAAGACAUGGACUGUUCCGCAAACUGAUGGAGAAACAGGCUUUUCUACAGGAGCAGCAAAAAUUGGCAAUAAGCUGAUUCUUGACAAGUGAUGACAAUGAGGUGAGAUGAAUGUCUACCGCCACCAGAGGGGGGCACUGUGUCUCCUCAGCUGGGAGACAAGGUGAAAGAUAAAGGAACAUAAUGAGAUAAGAAGGCCCGUUAUGCUGCAAGUUUCCUUUUCACCAAGCAACAAGGCUGUGUGAAGAACGUAAACAAGUGCUCGGUAGUUACUAUCUUAGCUGUAUGUAAUUAUACACUGACAAUAAAAAGCUUAGAGAUAAUGCUUUUCAAAAGGGGCACACCUGUGGUUUUAAAACACUGUCAUAGUGGAUGUAUUAUAUAUUCAGGUACAUGACACAACAUGUAAAAGUGCAAAUUAAACACCUCUGUUUUUAAACUACUACAGCUGGAGACGUAUUAUAGUGUCCCAGCACUCUUGAUUUUCACAACCAAACCAAAACAAGAAGACAGUGACGUGAAACCUUCUAAAUAUGUAUUUAUAUUGUUAGUGUCUGUGGUUUGGUGGCUGAUUUAACUUGAAGCUCACAAGUAGAGCCUUUUAGAGAGUUUAUAUUAUAGUCCAGAGGUCCCCCAAACUAUGACUGCGGCCUGCCCGAGGGACGUCCUAAGUUAGGAAAAAAAAUAUGUAUAUAUAUUUUUGUAUUAAAACUUGUCCUGUGCAGUUGAUCCAGGCCAAACUAUUUUAACCCACUGUAGCCCGCCUUGUCAAAAUGUUUGGGGACUCUUGUUAUAGUCAUAUGAAGCAGGUAUGGAUGACAUGUAGAUCUUUUGGAGAAAAAAAAUCAGCACAUCUCAUAGUUUACACUUAUCUUCUAUUUCAGUAGUACCAUACACAAGUGCCAACUGGAUUUGUAUUGAGAUUCACUAUGUGAACUUAUACUUCAAUUUAUCUUUUAGAAACAGGGUAUUCUCACACAAAACUUUUUGUGAUUUGACACUACAUACAGUGGAACCUCCAAAGUCAAACACAAUCAGUGUCAGGAUGCUGCUUAAUUUGAUUUGUCCCACAGGAAACAAUGGGAAAUAGAAAUUAUCUGUUCCAGGGUCAAACUGUUGCCACCAAAAAGCAUUUGUCAACCGUAUGAACAAUGUUUUAAAUAGCAUUUCAAAUGUAAAAGUAAGUUAACUUUCCUAUUAUAAGAUGAGAUAAAAGUAAAAUAGAAUAAAAUUACUCUGAUUACUGAGUAACGUGUCACACUCAAUUUGUGUAAAAAUAAUUGACUGCCAAAUGGUAAAACAAAUCAAAUUGAUAUACAGUAUGUAACCUUAACUUUGAUAUUGAAUGAUGUAGUGGUGACAAAAGUACUUAAAAGGGGGUUACUGAGUGUGCCUGGGAGGUAAAUCUUUUCACAUUACACUUCACCCAGUUAACUUUGUGUUGUUCAUUGUUAACUUAUUUUCUCUUACACCAGGACACGUGUAUGUCGUUUUUGUAUGUCACAGAAAAUCCCAUUUAUGAUUAUAAGGUAUCAUUACACGUAUCUCCUUUGCUUUCACUAAAAGUAAAUCAAAAAGCCAUACAUCUUGUGGAAUUGAUUUUUAGGCUCAAGCAGGGGUGCCUAAACGUGGGGGCCAAAAUUGGCCCGCCGAGCCUUUUAAUACUGUAUUUUAUACUGACCUCUUUCAAGCUCACACAAUCGAUGGCAUGUUUGUAAAACUAUCUACAGUAGUUGCCAUCUAUCAACACUACCUUUAUACAUGGCGGUAACCUCUAAACCAGGGGUCACCAACCUUUUUGAAACAAAGAGCUACUUCUUGGGUACUAAUUAAUGCGAAGGGCUACCAGUUUGAUACACACUUCAAUAAAUUGCCAGAAAUAGCCAAUUUGCUCAAUUUACCUUUAACUCUAUGUUAUUAUUAAUAAUUAAUGAUAUUUACACUUAAUUGAACGGUUUAAAAGAGGAGAAAACACAAAAAAAAUGACAAUUAAAUUUUGAAACAUAGUUUAUCUUCAAUUACGACUCUUUAAAAUUCAAAAUUCAACCGAAAAAAAGAAGAGAAAAACUAGCUAAUUCGAAUCUUUUUGAAAAAAUUAAAAAAAUAAUUUAUGGAACAUCAUUAGUAAUUUUUCCUGAUUAAGAUUGAUUUUAGAAUUUGGAUGACAUGUUUUAAAUAGGUUAAAAUCAAAUCUGCACUUUGUUACAAUAUAUAACAAAUUGGACCAAGCUAUAUUUCUAACAAAGACAAAUCGUUAUUUCUUCUAGAUUUUCCAGAACAAAAAUU